AUGUACGGAGGGAUGAGGAGGAGGUGUGUUUUGAGGGUGUUUAUGUCGGCGAAGCACAUGACGGCGAACGUGGUGGUGGACGGGAACGACGGGAGGGUGGUGGCGACUGCGUCAACCGUUGAGCACGCGAUCAGGAACGCGUUCGAGUGGGGGAGGAGCUGUAACGAGAAGGCGGCGGCGUCCGUCGGGGAGGUGCUGGCGAUGCGGCUGAAGACGGAGGAACCGGGGAUCGGAGUCCAUUUUGACGUUGAGAAGGAGAUCGAGAAGAAAGGGCAGGACAGCGGAGCGAGGGUGUGGGCCCUAGUUAAUGCUUUGCGGAACAGAGGCGUCAAGGUUGUCACCCACGGUGAUCACAGGAUAGAUUCGUAAAUUCAUCUUUGUACUUUUAUUGUUUUAACAUAAAUAUUUGUAAACAAUUUGUAAUGAUUUCUAA